CAGCCUUCAGUACACGCGCGAGUGUCAUAGAAGAAGUACGUCUCUGCAGCCGCUCCUCUCCCGUGAAUGAACUCUUGAACACUACACCCAUAAUCCUAACCACUGAAAUCUGUUUUGAUGAGAUUUUGUAAUCAGUAAAGUAGGUCGCUGUUGAGGAAGGCAAAUAUUAGCUGCAAUAUACAAGAGGAAACUGUUAGUGGUGAAUAAGGUUGCUUUCGUGGCCGGCUCCACACCAGCAAGACUCGCCAACAUCCGCAAGGUGCAGGAUGGUGGAGACGUGGGAGUACCCGCCGGCCCAGGGCCUCUACGACCCGGCCAAUGAGAAAGCUGCCUGCGGCGUCGGUUUUGUCGUCAACAUCGAUGGCGUCGCCUCUGCUAAGGUGAUCCGGGACGCGGAGAGGCUGGCCCAGCGCAUGCGCCACCGCGGCGCCUGCUCCUGCGACAAUGACACUGGUGACGGCGCCGGCCUCAUGGCCUCCAUCCCCCACGCCUUCUACACAAAGAUCUUACGGGAGGAGCAGGAGGUGUGUCUGCCGGAGCCUGGCCGCUACGCUACGGGCAUCUUCUACAUGGACCGCGCCCACCACCAGGAGAGCGAGCAGCUCUUCGCCGACCUCGCCGCCUCCCAUGGCCUCAAGGUUGUGUGUUGGCGCAGCGUGCCGACGGAGCGCUCUGUGCUGGGGGAGGUGGCCAGGGGCUCGGAGCCCUUCUUCAGGCAGGUGUUCGUGGCGCCCGCCGACCACUACGACGACGCCACCUUCCUUAAAAAGGUGUGGGUGACCAGGAAGCAAGCAACCCAUAACCUUGCCAGACCUGGCUGUAGGUUCUACAUUUGUUCCCUCUCCACCACCACUAUUGUCUACAAGGGUCAGCUCACAUCUGAUCAGCUCUGGACUUACUUUGAUGAUUUAAGAAAUCCUGAUUUCUCAUCUUACCUGGCCUUGGUGCACACAAGGUUCUCAACCAACACGUUCCCUUCCUGGGAGCGAGCUCACCCUCUCAGAUUAAUGGCACACAAUGGUGAGAUUAAUACCCUACGAGGAAAUGUGAAUUUCAUGAAGGCACGAGAGGGUGUAAUGAAGAGUGCCGAGUUUGGCAGUGAGCUGUCCACACUGUACCCCGUGGUAGAGCCAAACUUGUCAGACUCGGGUGCUGUGGACUGCUGCUUGGAGUUCCUGGUCAUGGCAGGAGGUCGCUCUUUGCCAGAGGCAAUCAUGACCAUGGUCCCAGAAGCAUGGCAGAAUGAUAAAUUGAUGAACCCAGAAAAACGGGACUUUUAUCGUUGGGCUGCUUGUGCAAUGGAGCCUUGGGAUGGACCUGCGUUGAUGACAUUCACCGAUGGCCGCUACAUUGGAGCUAUUCUUGACAGGAAUGGUCUGCGUCCUUCUCGCUAUUACGUCACCAAAGAUCGAGUGCUGGUGAUGGCUUCAGAAGUGGGCGUAUAUGACACAGAGCCCGAGAAUAUUCUGCAGAAGGGUCGGCUUAAGCCUGGUCGCAUGUUGCUGGUAGACACACUUGAGAAGGUUGUAACAAAGGAUGAGGAGCUCAAGCUACACAUUGCAAGGUCGAGGCCUCAUUCACAGUGGAUUCAAGAGCAGAUGUUUACUUUGGAAGACUUGUAUGCUGAUUACGAAGGUGAUCUGCUACCUGAACCAUCUGUAAAUGGCCAAGGAAAUGUUGCUGUCAAUGGGGAGGAAUAUGGUGCAGUGAUGCACACAUUCAGUGGUGAUCGCCGCCUUUGUAUGUUUGGCUACACUAUUGAAACCAUCAGUAUGUUGCUGUUGCCAAUGGUGACAACACAGAAAGAAGCUCUCGGCUCAAUGGGAAAUGAUGCACCACUAGCAUGCCUGUCAGAGUUCCAGCCUCUUAUUUAUGACUAUUUCAAGCAACUGUUUGCCCAAGUCACAAACCCACCGAUUGAUCCUUUCCGUGAAAAAAUUGUGAUGUCACUGGCAUGUCCUAUUGGACCUGAAGCAAAUAUACUUGAGCCAAGCAGCAAACAGUGUCAUCGCAUCUUCCUGAAGAAUCCAAUUCUUUCCCUUCUUGAUCUUGAGGUAAUCAAAGCCACAAAGCACAGAGGGUGGCGCACAUAUGUUGUUGACAUAACGUACCCAGUGUCUGAGGGCGUACAGGGCCUUAUCCCGGCCUUAGAUCGUGUUGCUGCAGAGUCAUGUCGGGCAGCCAAGGAGGGAUACCAGUUGAUAGUGCUUUCUGAUAAAAAAGCUGGGCCUAGCAGGUUGCCAGUUAGUACACUGCUGGCACUUGGAGCCACACAUCACUUCCUGAUUGAAGAACGACAACGUAUGAAGGUUGGAAUCAUCCUUGAGACCGGAGAAGCAAGAGAAGUUCAUCACAUGUGUGUUCUCCUGGGCUAUGGUGCUGAUGCCAUCUGCCCAUACCUGGUAUUUGAGACUAUGGACACACUUCGAUCUGAAGGUGUCAUUAGCUCCAGCCUUACUCAUAAGGAUGUUUUCAAGAACUAUGUUGCUGCCAUGGAGCGUGGAUUGUCCAAAGUGAUGGCCAAGAUGGGCAUCUCAACUCUUCAGUCUUACAAAGGAGCACAAAUCUUUGAAGCUGUUGGAAUUUCAGAGGAUAUAAUAAACAAGUGUUUUAAGGGUACUGCUUCUCGGAUUGGUGGCAUUACCUUUGAAACAUUGGCCAGUGAAUCGCUCGAGCGUCAUGCACUCACCUAUGGAGAUCGGGAAUGUGAUACACUGGUGCUGCGAAACCCAGGCUUCUAUCAUUGGCGAAGUGGUGGAGAGAAACACAUCAAUGAUCCUUUGUCUAUUGCCAAUUUGCAGGAUGCUUCAAGGAGCAAUAACAGGAAUCAGUAUGACAAGUUCAAAGAAUCUACUAUGGAAAGUGUCAAAGCUUGUACUUUACGUGGCCAACUGGAGCUUGUAAAAUUGGAAAAUUCCAUCGACAUUUCAGAGGUUGAGCCUGCUGCAGAAAUUGUAAAGAGGUUUGCAACUGGUGCCAUGAGUUAUGGUUCCAUAUCCAUUGAAGCCCACACUACGCUGGCAGUUGCCAUGAACCGCGUUGGUGCCAAGUCAAACACAGGAGAAGGAGGAGAAGAUGCUGAUCGAUAUAGAAACCAGGAUCCUAACUUCAGCAAGCGUUCAGCUAUCAAGCAAGUAGCCUCUGGACGCUUUGGUGUUACUGCAUCUUAUCUUGCCAAUGCUGAUGAUUUGCAAAUUAAGAUGGCUCAAGGAGCCAAGCCUGGAGAAGGUGGUGAACUGCCUGGGUAUAAGGUUACUGAAGGCAUUGCUAAAACUCGACACUCUGUUGCUGGAGUAGGUCUGAUCUCUCCGCCUCCUCAUCAUGAUAUCUACAGCAUUGAGGACUUGGCUGAGCUUAUUUACGAUCUAAAAUGUGCUAAUCCAAAUGCCCGAAUCUCUGUCAAGCUUGUGUCUGAAGUUGGUGUUGGUGUGGUGGCAUCCGGAGUGGCAAAGGGAAAAGCGGAGCACAUCACCAUCUCUGGUCAUGACGGUGGUACUGGUGCUAGCAGCUGGACGGGGAUCAAGAGUGCUGGUCUGCCGUGGGAGCUUGGGAUAUCAGAAACUCACCAGACACUUGUGCUGAAUAACCUUAGGUCUCGGAUUGUUUUGCAAGCUGAUGGACAAAUUCGCUGUGGACUGGAUGUUGUGAUUGCUGGCAUGUUGGGAGCUGAUGAGUUUGGCUUCAGCACUGCACCGCUUAUUGUCAUGGGCUGCACCAUGAUGCGAAAAUGUCACCUCAACACCUGUCCAGUUGGCAUUGCAACUCAGGAUCCUGCCCUUAGGAAGAAAUUUGAGGGCAAACCAGAACAUGUAGUCAAUUAUUUGUUCUUGUUGGCCGAAGAGGUACGUGAACUCAUGGCAUCAUUGGGUGUUCGAAAGUUUCAAGACCUCGUCGGGCGCACUGACCUACUUCGUGUACGAGAUUCCUGUUCAUCAAAAGCCAAACUUUUGGACUUAUCCCACAUACUGAAAAAUGCACUGCACAUGAGACCUGGAGUUAACAUUGUGGGAGGAUCUGUAAAACAGGAGUUUGGGCUGGAAUCUCAUCUUGAUCAACAGAUUUUGAAGGAAGCAGAGCAAGUGCUCAAUGGCACCAGUGACAAUGUAACCAUUAACACUACAAUUGAUAAUGAAGUUCGUGCCUUUGGAUCAACACUCUCAUAUCACAUUGCCUUAAAAUAUGGAGAAGAUGGACUCCCAGAUAACAGUAUUCAAAUCAGCCUCGCAGGAUCUGCUGGUCAGAGCUUCUGUGCUUUCCUCGCCAAGGGUGUUUCCGUCACUCUUGAGGGAGAUGCUAAUGACUACGUUGCAAAGGGACUAUCUGGAGGUGAGGUAGUGAUUUACCCACAGAGAAAUUUACCUGAAGACUAUAAAACUGAAGAGAAUAUCAUUGUGGGUAACGUGUGCCUGUAUGGAGCGUCCAGUGGCUCGGCAUUCUUCAGAGGAGUGGGUGCAGAGAGAUUCUGUGUUCGUAAUUCUGGAGCUGUAGCUGUUGUUGAGGGUGUUGGAGACCAUGGGUGUGAGUACAUGACUGGUGGACGUGUACUGAUUCUUGGACAAACUGGGCGCAACUUUGCUGCUGGAAUGUCUGGAGGCAUUGCUUAUGUGUUGGACCCCAAUGGUGAAUUUCCAAGUAAGUGCAAUGCACAGACUGUGGAACUUCUUCCUCUCAAGCUGUCUGAUGACCUGACAUUUGUUGAGGAUCUCUUGAGGCAGUUCCAUGACAAGACGGGCUCACGGGUGGCUGAAGCCUUGCUAAUGGACUGGCCUGCUCAAGCCAGCAAGUUUGUGAAGGUGUUCCCGUAUGAGUAUCAACGAGCUUUGAGACAUCUUGCCGAGAAGGAAGCAGCAGCACAAACGACUCCUGAAAAGGCCAAGGUGGAAAUGAAGCCUGAGCCAGUCAUUUGUGAUAUCGAAGAAUCUGUUGCUGAUGCUACCAUGGAAAAGAAACGGCUAGAAAAGAUUCUUGACAAAACAAGGGGCUUUAUGAAGUACAAGCGUGAGACGGCUAUGUAUCGAUCAGCUGAGAAGCGGCAGAAGGAUUGGGAUGAAAUCUACAAUGUUGAUGGUGUACGCCGUGGCCUGCGUGUGCAGGCUGCAAGAUGCAUGGACUGUGGAGUUCCCUUUUGCCAGUCUUCACAUGGUUGUCCCUUGGGUAACAUUAUUCCCAAGUGGAAUGAUCUCGUAUUCAAUAAUAACUGGAAGGAAGCACUCGGUCAACUUCUUCAAACCAAUAAUUUCCCAGAGUUUACUGGUCGAGUUUGUCCUGCUCCUUGUGAAGGUGCUUGUGUUUUGGGCAUAAACGAGCCUCCAGUGACAAUCAAAAACAUUGAAUGUGCCAUUAUUGAUCAUGCAUUUGAGCAAGGGUGGAUUAAGCCUGAGCCCCCAGCACUGAGAACAGACAAGAAAGUUGCCAUAGUUGGCUCAGGACCUGCUGGCAUGGCUGCAGCACACCAGCUUAACAAGGCUGGUCAUUCUGUAACAGUGUUUGAACGGAAUGACCGUAUUGGAGGUUUGCUGCAGUAUGGAAUCCCGACCAUGAAGCUGAGUAAGGAAGUAGUGCAGCGACGGGUGGACCUGAUGAGAGAAGAGGGUGUUGCCUUCAAGACCAGCGUCAAUGUUGGAAAGGAUAUCUCGGCCAAAGACCUGCAGGAAGAGUAUGAUGCAUUGCUUUUGUGUUUGGGAGCAACAUGGCCUCGUGACCUUCCAAUUGCAAACCGCCAACUAGAUGGUAUUCACUUUGCCAUGGCAUUCCUUGAGACAUGGCAGAAGAAGCAGAUGGGCAACAACAAUGACCACUCUGCUCUCAAUGCCAAGGAUAAAGAUGUCAUUGUUAUCGGCGGGGGUGACACUGGGUGUGAUUGCAUCGGCACUUCUCUCAGACAGGGAGCAAAGUCAAUUACAACAUUUGAGAUCCUGCCUCAGCCACCUCCUUCUCGUGGACAUGACAACCCAUGGCCUACAUUCCCCAGGGUAUUCAAAGUGGAUUAUGGACAUGAAGAAGUCAAACUCAAGUUUGGACGUGACCCUCGAGAAUACAGCACACUUACAAAGGAAUUCCUUGAUGAUGGGACAGGGAAGGUAGCAGGUGUACGCACUGUGAAGGUUGAAUGGACAAAGGAUGAGUGUGGCAGGUGGAAGAUGGAUGAAGUUGAGGGAUCUGAGAAGGUAUACAAGGCGGACUUGGUUCUUCUGGCAAUGGGUUUCUUAGGACCUGAGCGUUACAUCAUUAAUGAGCUAGAGAUGGAACAAGAUCCACGCUCAAAUAUUUGUACACCAGCAGGCAAAUAUUCCACAAGUGUGGACAAAGUCUUCGCAGCAGGAGACUGUCGACGCGGUCAAUCUCUUGUUGUGUGGGCCAUUAAUGAAGGUCGUCAGGCCGCACGUGAAGUGGACGCUUACCUCAUGGAGUUUUCUACACUUCCACUAAAUGGUGGAGUUGUCCAAAUCACACAGAAAGGCUAAAUUUUUGUCACUGUUGAAACUGGCUUAUUGAGUGAGCAAAAUUUGCUAUGUCGGUUAGGGGUCCAAUUCUGUUGAAUUUGGCAGUAUUUAUUAUUCCUUCACAAUGUUAAGGAGAGUGCAUGUAAUAUGCUGAUCCACUAUUAGCUGUUGAGCAGUUUGAGGAUCUAUUUUAGUAACCUGUAUAUAUGAUGCAUUGAAAAAUGUUCUGAUCUGAUGUAUGGUGAAGAGAGGUUGAUAUGUGAAGGAGACAUAGGAAACAUGCUGUCACCUCUGGCUAGGUGGUUCAGAAGUGUGUACAGGUUUUAAUUGCACCUGCCAACCUCCGACGAGCGGGGAUCAGUGUUAUUUUAUUAUUAUUGUACAUAGUCAUUACAGAGAAUGGUGAAAUGAUAGUCUUAAGAGUAGUAGAAGAUUGUGCAUUAAUGGUAUACAAAUUUUAAUGUUUACAAAGUUCUAGUGAAGUACUUUUUCUGACAAGUGCAUAUAAUUAAUACACCAAAUAUGAAUAUAAUAAUGAAGAAAAUAGUGUUUGAAUCAGUCAUAAACCAUUCAGCAGUUACAUUGUAAUUGUAGUAAAAAUAGUUACAUGUAUUCUGUAUGAAGAAUGUAAACAACUUGUCAUUUACUCUAAGGAACAACGUAUUUUAAACGUUAUAAAACACAAUUCAACAUUAUUUCAAGGUAAUAGAGGCAUAUGUAAAAUGUCACAGUAAAAGGAACUAUUUGUAAAUUUUAUUACUGUUAUGGUUUUUUUUGGUUUUGUCAAUGCACAAAUUAUAGUAUCAUAUUUUGUGACAGACAUGUUCUGUUGUAAUACUGCAUAAGAGUAAUUACUUCAGUUAUUGGUGACUGGGUUAGAAUAAGAUAAACAUAUCCUCGAUUUAAUAUGGAUGACAUUCCCAAUCCAUCACUCUAAACAUUGGCAGCCUAAACUACAAAAAUGAUAAGGCUGCUUUUUAAUUUUACUUUAAUCAAAGUUUGUCGCUUACCUUCCACCAUGCUGAUACGCUGUACUAUAUAAAAAUAGUACCUAAAUAGUGACCUUUGUAUUUGUGCUUCAGGAUUUUAAGAGCAGAUUCCAGCCAAUUGAUUGUGAUGUACAUUUUCCAGUAUUGUGUGCAAAGUAUUGAUGUAGUAUUCUUAAAUUGACUUUGUUGCAGUGCUAUAGCAUCUUGGGAAUUGGCUGUGUUAGCUAACGUACGUUGGCUACGACGUGAUUUUCUGUGGGAAGUUCUGUGGAAGAACUCGCAACAUAUCUUUGGUAGUUAAAUACUGUUAAAUAACUGCCUUCAAUUUGUAGGUAUUUGUUGUGUAGUUCCAUAAAUAAAAUAGCAGUGGAAAAUUUUUAUUGUGUAAUCUGUGGAGAAGUUUAUUAGAAUACAGUAGUGUUCUAUCAGAUAGGAUACUGAAUAUUUAAGUAUAUAGUAGUAAAUCAACAAAAUAUAUAGCAGUAAAUCAACAAAAUUGAGUUAUAGAAAUUAUUUGCUAUAUUGAUAGCUUAAUUGUUUUUAUAAAAACUGAAUAUUUUGGUGCAUAAAAAUUUGUUACUUUGGAUAGUAACAGUUUAAUCAAUCAAGGGUUAAAUGCUCUCAAACAAAUGUUUAUUUAUAUAUUUUUUAACCAUUAUUUUUUUUUUUUUUUUAAUUGAGAAGAGCAAAUUUAUUGAAUUUAAUUUAGGCACUAAAUUGGAGGAAAAUUACAUUGCACUUGUGUAAACUUAGCUGGUGUAAUGUACUUUAUCAAAUUCUUUUAUUAGAAACUUAAAAACUUGAGUUAGAUUAUUCAAAAUGACUUGUGACCGUAGGUGGUGGAAGUAUUAAGCAAUGCCUCUUGUUUUGUAAAGGGUUUAACUGUAUAACAAAAACAAUUAUUUCCAGCCUGAAAGUUUAUAUUCCGCUGCAUGUAUCGACUGCGGAGAAAUGCAAAGACUCAAUGGGAACAAAUGUAUACUGUAUAUAUGACACAUUCAAAGAUUUGUCAGUCUUUAAAGCCCUGUAAAAAUAAUUUACAAUUAAGUUAAAAAAUAACAUUAAUUAGAAAGGUUUUGAAAGGAUAAUAACUUGAAAUAGUGUAUAUUAAAUAUUUAACUAUUUUUAGUAAUUUGUCAUUAUGCACACAAUAUCCAUUUUGGUUUAUUCAUAUAUAAAUAAUUGAAAGUUAUUUAUAUGGUUUAUCCUUUAUGCAGUAUACUAUACAUAAUUAAAGGCAGAAUAGUGAGAAAUACUUUCUCAUGUUCAUAAUGCAGUGUAUAAGUAUACACCAGUUCUUUAGACUCCACUUAAGAAAACCCAAUUUAUCUGCAGUAAUGUUACUGAUAACAUAGUGUGUUCUUCAGGUAUUUGUUUCCUAAGGUAUUUGUCUUGCUUACUUUACAUCUACGUUAAGGGAGCUGGCUUAAGCUCUUCCAACUGCAUGUGAUAGUGAUGCCUGGUCAAUGUGAAACUUUGUCUUCCAUAGAUUAUGGUAGAUAAGACUACAGUAGACAGUUUCUUGAUGUCAUAGAUGUCAUGUAGAUUGUAAACUGUAUCUUGGUGUCGUAACUGUCGGAGUAACCGUUCAAAUUUUAAUGGUAAGCAGUAGAUCCUUGUUUCAUUGGAUAAGAGUGUAGAUUGUACAGUACAUUAUGUUAGAUUGUAUUGAGCCAUUCAUGUGAUACUAUCCGUCUACCUAUGAUGUAAAUUAGUAUUUUAUUCAAUAAACUUGUGGUAAUGGCAUGUUCUGAGGAUUUGAAGUACUGUACUUCGUAUCAUUUACAUGGAAAACCAUCUGAUGUCUAGAGCUGUGCUUGCAAUGGCUUUUUCAAGUUAAGAUUUGUAAUUAAUUUCCUGUAGGAAACCUGAUAACAUAUUUUAUUUUAAUGACAUUUAGUCAUUUUUAUUCUUGAAAUUAUUAUUCAUCAGAUACUUAAGGUGUAUGCAUUGGAUUAAUACAAGUGUUAUUUUUAUUUUGUGAAUUUAUAUUUUAUUGCAAUGUUGCUCUUCUGAGGGAAGAGGUGUUAUGGUGUAGAUAAUUUGUCACCGGUUCUAAUUUGAUAUUUAAAGUAUUUUUAAUAUGUUUUAAAGUUAAGAUCAACCAUGUAAUCUGCCAUGGAGAGUGGGUAUUUAGCUCACUGUUCAACAUAGCUACGUUACUUAAAUAUAUAAGGUACUGUUAGAGCAAAUAUUAAAA